GAACAUUAGACAAGGCUAAGGUGUGGUACAGGAAGGACCAAGAAAUUCCCCGUUUAGGACAAAUCGGAUGAGAAAAAACUCAAAAGGAGAAAGAAAUGAUGGAAAACCAGAUUUUCGAAAAGCUUUCCUUUUAUACCUGUCCAAAUGUGGAGGAAUGGACUGAUUCUUAUUUUUCUAAAACUAAAACUGACUGGGCGUUGUCGCACUUUGUUUUAAUGUGCGGAAUAGCGCAUUUACUUCAAGGUUACUGCGGUUAGUAGUAUUGCAGUGAUAUCCUUCAAGGCUUCAGAACGUGCCCAUGUGCUGUCGUGGCUCGUGUUAUCGUCAAGUCCAUCCACGCUCCAACGAGAAUCGAAUUCCUGAUUCCACUUUGAUUCAAGAGUUUGUCAUCACAGCGACGUUCCAGUUACAAUCUACUUCGCCAAAUUCGUCGAGCCUGCCAUUACCAGUGCCACUUCCGGCCCCGUCUGUCGUUGGGUCGAAAAACCAGUUCGUGAUACGAAAAUGUUGUGGCCCUGGACAAUUAUACAAUUAUAAUGCGGCGGAAGAUAUUCCAGAUGCCGAUCGGUGCGUCAAGUUUUCGGUCAGCAGCAGCCAUCGGCAAUCACCAGCGGUUCAAAAAUCACGCGACAUUUUCUUGGGAUCCAAACAAAGUUUUCCACCACGUUACAGCGUUGAAGAUGUCCAAGUCAAUCCAGGAUUUCCGCGCAGUUGCACGCCGGAUGGUUGGGAUUUUUUAGAACCUGAGCUCAGAAUGGGCGAUCUCUUCUACGCCCUUUCUUCCGGACAGUUGUUAGUUCCUCAUCAGUUUUACUUCUUGGAAUUCGACAGCUAUUGCAUCGAAGACUAUGCGGACGAAAGGAACGUCACCAAGGCGAGAAGAAUGGCCUUCAUGUGCUUUAUGGAAACCCAAAAAUUCCCCACAACUGCUAUCGACCUUUCAGGAAAAUUGAGUCUAGAUUUCAUCAAAUCUGAAGAAUAUGCGGAACUGUUCGCAUCGAAAUUCAAUGGAAGAAGAGUGAUCCGGAAAUGCUGCCGUCAAAUGUCAACUUUAGACAGUACUUCUGAAUUUAAUGGCAGGCCCAGAUGCAGGGAAAAUCAAGGACUUGUGACGCCCUUCUUUGAAAAUCUCCGAACGAAAGAAAACUCGACCAAUUUAUUCUUCCGCUUCGGCUAUGCCAAUUGCUCCUACCCAACUCGUACCAAGCAGUUCCAAUUGAACUCUAACGGUAGUUUGGAAAUCCAGAUGGAUAACACAAUCGCCAACUCAAGCAAUCUACUAGUCUCUAUAGAAGAUUACUGUGUGGACGACAUGGUAGAGUUUAGUUAUGUCACCGGUUUACCGUUUACUUCAACCUACGCCUUGUACUGCCCCAGUGAAGAAGCAAAUUUAAUCGAACCAGAAUUCACUGAUGAAUUGACUGAAUCGCCAUUUACCGAUACCCCGUUCACGGAUCCGCCAUUCACUGAACCAACAUUUACCGAUACAACUAUUAGUGAGCCCGAGUCUAAUUACUCGAACAACGACGAUCAAUCGGAUAAUUCGACUUUAAUCGCCAUUCCCAAAUGUUGUCCACCUGGGCACGUAAUGAGUGAAGAAUAUACCUGUCAGCCUCUAUGGUGGUGGCCCAGCGAACAAUAUGGAGACGAAUUUACUGAACCAGCUGUAAUUGUAUCAGGAUCCAUUAACUCUGAUUUUACGGCCUAUCACAGCAAUUGGAGCGUCAUCUUCGUUCCCGACCCAACGUUCAACGGUUCUUGCAAACCCAACCAACUUCAACAACCGAUUCCCUUGUUUGCCGAAAAUUCUCAAAUUACUCCAAUAUUUCGAAAUGAUUCAAAAGGUGGAGUUUCCCUUUCACUCCACACGUUCAUUGAAAAUUACUGGGAUGUCAAGUCGCAAGUUCGUUCUUUUUGUGUGGACCAAUUACUUUUCAAACAAGAGCGGGAAGUUUAUUAUAACCCCCAAGUUUUCCAUUGCCUUACCAUCGAGUCUUUUAAAAGUCAUCGUCCAGUAAUUCUCCUGAUUUCUACUGUGGGUUUAUUGGCGACAUUUAUUAUUUAUUUACUCGUUCCAGCUUCAGGUUCUGCCAAAAUGGUUAUAACUGCUUUUGGAGGAAAGAAAAAUAGUGGAAGAAGUAGAAAAACUACAAUGGCCAUGAUGUUAACCGGGCGUAUUUUACUUUGUCACGUCAUAUCAUUGGCAUUGGCAUUUAUUUGCUUGGCGAUUGGUCAACUAAAACUGGUCGAAUCAGGUGAAAGCUCCUGUGUCGCGCUCGGCUACAUUACUUACUGGGCGUUUAUAGCCUCAUUUUCCUGGCUGACAGUGUACUGUUUUGACUACUACCACAUCUUUAACGGAUCCUUUAAGGUCACCAACGAUGGGUUAUUCAUCCCGUAUUCAGCAUUUGGAUGGGGUGUUCCUUUCUUGGCAAUGAUCAUCACAAUCAUCGCACAAUUUCGGUCUACGGCAAUGGGCAUCUCCGGCGCUUUCAAUCCCAACUUUGGUUACGACCGCUGUUGGUUUCCUGCCGAAAGCUCGUCAGCGCUAAUACUUUUCUUUUACGUUCCUGUUGGCAUCCUCCUAUUACUUGACAUCUUUUUCUUCCUGAGUCUGAUGUUCAAUGCCAACCUGAUGCAUUGUUGGCAAAGACAACAAGACGUGGCUAUCCGUUCUAAUCGAAAGAGUUCUUCAGAGUCAAAAGAGCAGGAAGAUUUGAAAAUGGCGGUCAAACUAUUUUUCAUCACCGGAAUUCCUUGGAUCUUCGAAUUGAUUGGAUAUCUGGCAGUAAGAUUGGACGGCUUAAACUUGAGUCGGUAUUAUUUCUUUGAGUUCUGCGUCAUAAUCAACACCUCGCGCGGCGUUUUCAUUUUCGUCAAUUUUAUUCUUUUGAAUCGAGACGUUCGAAAUUUCUUGUGGUCCCGCGUCAAAAUCAUUUCCAAGCGAGAAACGCUUGGCGGUGGCAAUGUGACUCGUGAUGAUUUUUCCACGUCCAAUGCUACCACACAAAUUUCGUCCGUCACUUGUUCCCAAACAAUUUCCAGCGUCGAGAAUGCACCAUGUGACGAGCAAAGCUUUUUAUAACCUUAUAAACGAUACCUUGAGUGUUUUGUACCUGUCAAAAACCUCCGUCUAGUUUCUUUUGGGGAUUUUGUCCAUUUGGUGUAGGGUCCACCAAAUCUAACCGCCGCUUAAAACAUUCAGUCGUUGUACAAAUUUUGAGUAUUUUCAUACAGGAGGUUUCUCGCAUCGGCAUUUUCUAAAAGUCUGAAUUUUAGAUCUUUCCGAUCAAUAUAUGUAUCGUUUUCUAAGA